AUCUUUGUCCCACCUCCUUUAAAGCAUACCUCAACGCUCUUCCACACCCAAAAUUUCUUUUUCCCGGCGCAAACACAGCAAAAUAUCAUAGACCUCAAAACCAACAACCCAAGAGAAGCAAGCAAGGAUCUUCCUCAGAAAUGAAGCUAGUUUGGUCCCCAGAGACAGCAUCAAAAGCGUAUAUCGACACAGUUAAAUCUUGUGAGAUUUUCCGUGAAUCAGGCGUGGCUGAGCUUGUUUCGGCCAUGGCUGCAGGAUGGAACGCACAGCUCAUCGUGGAAACUUGGUCACUUGGCGGAGUUAUGCCCACAAGCAAAGGCUUGGAAAUAGCAAGUCGUCACACGGGUGGCCGGCAUGUAUGUAUAGUCCCCGAUGAACGGUCAAGAUCAGAAUACGUUCGUAACAUGGCCGACGCUGGCAUGUCACCGGAGUUGAUCGUGGGAGAAGCAGAGGAAGUCAUGAACGGCUUGUCAGGCAUAGACUUCUUGGUGGUGGACUCUCGCCGGAAGGACUUCUCGAGAGUGCUGAGACUCGCAAAACUGAGCAGCAAGGGGGCCGUGCUGGUAUGCAAGAACGCAAACUCGAGGGCCAGUUCCGGCUUUAAAUGGCGGUGCGUUCUUGACGAAAGAUCAAGGCGUCUUGUUCGGUCGGUGUUCCUUCCGGUGGGAAAAGGGCUCGAUAUGGCACACGUCUCCGCCCUAGGGGGCAAUUCAGGAUCAUCCGUCAAAGGCGGCAAGAGAUGGAUCAAACAUGUUGAUCAACAUUCAGGAGAGGUGCACGUUAUCCGGCGGUGAAUCCUGGGUCCAAGUGUCCACUUCAAUGACAAAGACAGGGCCAUUUUUCUCAUUUUGUAAAUACAUCAUAUUAAGAGUCUUUCUUUCUCAUUUCUUUACAAUCUUUUUACCUUUGAUGGUUGAUUAAUACUGGCAAGAGCCUGGAGAUUUGGUUAAAUUAUCUUCAUUCUUGGUUCUUUGGUUGGAGGAGUUUGACAUGUAGGAUACAAGUAAUAGUUGCAAUAGCAAGAAGAUUUACUGUAGCAUGUAAAUGACAUGAUGGUAUUAUGAAAGUGUUUUUGCAUCACCGUCAUCGGCGGAUGUA